AUGAAUACAAAACGGGCGAUAUUAAUGGCUUUUAUCUGCAUUGUCGUCGCCGGCGUCGGUGGUCAAUCUCCCGGAGCACCGCCAACUCCAACUACACAAGCACCGCCAACUCCAACUACACAGGCGCCCCCAAGUCCAACUACACAAGCACCGCCAGCUCCAACUACACAAGCGCCGCCAAGUCCAACUACACAAGCACCUCCAAGUCCAACUACACAAGCGCCGCCAAGUCCAACUACACAAGCACCGCCAAGUCCAACCCCUGCCUCCACACCACCACCAGUAGCUACUACACCUCCACCCACAUCAUCUCCACCUCCAGUUGUUUCAUCACCUCCUCCGGUUACUGCUCCUCCCACUCCACCUGCUUCACCUCCACCAGUUGCUACUCCGCCACCUGCUUCUCCACCUCCAGUGAAUCCGCCACCCCCUGCUAGUCCUCCACCACCUGCUGCUCCCACACCUGCACCACUAGCUUCUGCGCCUGCUGCUGCUCCAACCACAUCUCCUGCGGUAUCCCCGUCUUUGAAGAGUCCUCCACUGACCGGAUCUCCGGCGCCGAGUCUCCUGGCUCUUUCUCCUGCUCCAAUAUCAGCCACUGAUCAGAGUGGAGCAGAUUCGACAUUGCAGAAGAUGAGUGGGAGCUUUGUCUUCGGAAGUGCUUUGAUCUACUUGCUAUUUUAG